GUGGAAGUGCAUGAGCUGGGUGCGUUCGAUAGCUGUCACAAGAGCUAUGUGUUCAGAGGCGACAGAGACGUCACACAGACGUCACUCGAGGAACGGUUGGGACUAGCGGGCACACAAGGCGGGAAAGUGGGCGAACAAAACCCACACCACGGAUCAGGCAGGUAA